CCUAUAAAUUGUUCAGUUAUAUCAAAGAGUAACCAUUACUCUUUGGUUAUAUUCAUAUUAGCAAUGGUACCAGCAUACAAGCUGACAUAUUGCCCGGUUAAGGCAUUGGCGGAACCGAUCCGUCUUCUUAUGAGCUACGGCAACAUCGAAUUUGAAGAUUUCCGCUUCGAUAUGGACGACUGGCCUCAGAUAAAAGCGACCACGCCCUUUGGUCAAGUUCCGGUACUGGAAUUUAAGGGCACUACGGCAUACCAAAGUAUCGCCAUUUGUCGAUACCUGGCGAAACAGGUUAAACUGACGGGGGCUAACGACAUCGAGGACUUGGAAAUCGAUGCAGUAGUCGAUACUGUGAUGGAUUUGCGGACAAAAAUUGUCGAGUAUUUCUACGAAGAAGAUGCGGCCGUUAAAGAAAGGCGUAGAAAACCGCUUUUCGAGGAGACUCUCCCCUUCUACAUGAAACGCAUGGAGGCUGCCGCGAAGAAAAACAAGAGCCACCUUGCAGCUGGCAAGCUCACGUGGGCCGAUGUGCAUUUUGUUGGAAUUGUGGAUUACUUAAGCUUUAUGAUUGGAAGGGAUCUGCUGGCGGAUUGCCCCAGUCUUCAGGUCAUGCAGAAAACUGUUUUGAAGCUUCCUGGAAUUAAGGAAUGGGUGGUUAAGCGUCCCGUUACGGAUUAUUAAUUAUAUACUGUUGGAAAAUAAAGCUACCGUUAAAAUCA